CUUUUCUGUGAGCGGGUUGGCUCCGUUUGGACAAAGACUGGGCGGCGGAAUCGAAUUUUCAAAUGGAUGAAAAAAGAAUUUUGUUUUAGAAAACAUGGAUAAAUUGAGGACAAAGAAGAGAGGCUUUUUUGCCAUAUCCACCUCCUUAAGCUCAUCAGGAGACAAGAAACGAAACAAGGGAGAGAAGCAGGAAUUUACUUACCUCAAGGGAGACAAACCAGAGUUUGACAAGGUUGAGUUGAGCAAUAUUCAUGGCAGUAAUGGUACAUUAAAUGACGGAACAGAUGAGGAAGCUGAUCAGGGAGAAAUAUCUGGACAUAGUUCAUCAGAUCUGGAAACAGCAGUAUCUGGAUCAUCCUGUGAUGAUGUCCAUAAAGCCAGCCGUAAACUUCAAACCUUUGCCAAGAAAUCAACAAGAAGAGAUAAGAAGAAAGAAAAAGAAAAGCAGGAAAGAAAAGAGAAAAAUAAAUUAUCUAUGGAUGAUUUCCUGAGUAAACAAGUGGAGUUUACCACAUGGCUUGAAGAAGAGAAACACAAGAAUCCCAAAGAAAUGUCAUCACCAAAGCGGAAAGCCUACUUUAAGACAUUCAUGAAGCUGUGGAACAAAAGGAAAUUAUCUCAGAAGUAUUAUAGAGGGAGUGCUGAGAUUCAGAGUCCAUGCCCAGCUAAUCCAACAAGGACUUUCAGCUUCGCUGAUGAUGACGAAGAAGUUGUUAGUUUCUCACGUCCGAAAUCAAAGCGUUUGUCCAUUGAACCAUGGGGGCCACCAGAUUCUCCAUUCUCUACCUUUGGAAAGACACCACCCAAACAUUUACAGGGAACAAACCUUGCUUUGUUAGAUUCACAGACCUCUCUGAUGGAAAGUUCCCUGAAGGAAGACAGUCAUGAAAACUCUGGAAGUUACAAGAAUGAUUCUCUCCCAAAACUUGGAGAAUAUCAAAUUCCAAAAAAUGCUUUACAAAUGACGGAUGCUGAAAAGACAAUACAAAGCAAAGAGAAUAGUAACAAUGAGAUUCAGCCAUCCCCUUCCACUGAAUUACCAGGCACUCCAGCCUCUGGUAUGCCAGAGAAAUCCCCUGUGUACGCCGUGCCAUGGAAACCCAAACCGACACCCAGGAAGAAGCCUUCAGAAGUCACUCAGGUCGUGAAGUCCCCCUCACCCCCUCCUGUCCCUCCCAAAUCAUACAAAAAUAGCGAACGCAGUGAAGCUGCACAACAAGAACCUCAGGAGGGGGUAGCUUGCCAAACAAAAGAUGUACAGCCAGGAGAUACAAGGAACAAUGAACAGGAGAGUGGUGCGAGACAGGGCAUGUCUGAAUCCUGCAGCUCUAUGGAGGUAGACGAUCAGAGCCCCACUGAUCAAGGUACACAGGGAGGAGAUGGCUGGCACAGUCCCAUUAAAGAAAAGCCUUUCAGUCCACCAAUCAAGAUCCUUAAAUCUUUCUUUCCUCAGGAACAAAUUUAUGCAGAGAUUGAAUCAUUGAAUGCUGAAUCUUCAGAAGAUAAAGAAAUUAAAAAUAGGGAAUUUGUUGAUGAUGAUCAGGUGUUUACAGAACCAGUGAGUGAAUUACAGAAUGACAAUUUACUGACUCAAAGUGAUUCUCCAACGAGUGCUUCCUCACCAGAAUCAAAGGUUAAACAUGUAGUUUUGGAAAAUCUGCUUACAACAAAGGAGAGCCGAUUUUCUUUCAGCAAGUACUUGAUAACACCAGAUAAAUACGCUUCUGCACCCAAGAAACACUUAUCUUUAUCUCACAAUGGAAAAGAGAAUGUGGCGUCAAAAAGAUGUUUAGAACAACAAAGUGAAGUUCCUUUGUUAGAAAAUGGAUGUCCCAGAAAGGAAAAGCCGAAGAUUCCACCAAGAAAUAUUCCAAAACUUCGAAGUGAAUCCAGGGUCACCAUGAUGAUCAGUAAUGGUCUGCAUAAUGUCCGCAACUUUCCAAUAGUAGACAACAAAUCUAUCAAAAUGAAAGAAAAUAGAGACAAUGGGAAGGUUGAUCUGACACAAAGGGGAGAAAUCCCGAAAUCAAGAGUCCGUUCAGAGGGAGAACACGAUCUUGUGGGGGUUACAGAGUCAAGCUUAGGGAGGAGUGAAAGGUUAGCUGAACCUUUAGACAUUUCUGACAAUCCCAAUACAAAACAACAACAGAGAUUUUUGGAAACAGAUAUUGACUCUAUGCCUUUACCAGUAAUGGGCUGUAAAACCCCACCUCGGAAACGCAAGCCUUUGUCCAACCUACAAAGGUCUAAGUCCUUGGAGACUAUUAUUUGGUGAUCAUACUAAAUGAUAGCUUGUAUU